AUGGCACCGCUGCACCAACACACGCCGCGCGUGUUGAGGUUAUGGUCACGGUGUUUUCUUACCGUAGAGAACAGUGCGACUUGUACACGUUAAGAGUGAACGGAAAAUAUUGUUUAAUAGAAGAUGGACAAUGAAAGGGGUAAAAAGAGAAAGAAGAAACGAUCUCAAAUGCAGAUGGCGAAGAAGUUUGCCAGACGGAGGAAUCAUGGUACCGACAUCGACUCCGAGACUUACCAGUACAUGGUGCGAAUUUUGGAGUUGAUGAGAGGCGAAUUUCCGACUUUCGAGGAGAAAUUGAUAUUCGUGAACAAUGUAUACGAGCAGACUGUCGGCCGCGAGAUCGAGUUCGCUCAGAACCAAAUUGGAUCCAGGAUACUGGACUCGCUUUUGAAUUAUGCGAAUUUAACAACGAUUCAGAGGUUAGUGGACGCUUUUGGUUCUUCCUUGCGACCCCUCAGCAGCGACAGGUUCGCCAGUCACGUCCUUCAGAAGAUUAUAACGGUUUGCGCCGACAGAGGAAACAACGAUUCAAGCAAGGAACCGUCCUCCGAUCAAGCCGCAGAUCCUGCCGUACAGGUGACAGAAUCCGAAGUAAAACUGUACAACGACAUUGUACUUAGAUUGAGUAAAUACCUCGUAAAUAACAUAGAAGAAUUCGUAUUCGAUACGUACGCGAAUCAUUUGUUGCGAACCGUCGUGGAAUGUCUAGGUGGAUUAAUCGACAAGAUUGAAAACAACGACAAAAGAAGGACGACCAAGUAUGGCUCCAGAAGGGUGGUAGUACAAGAGUACAAGGAUUUGCUGUUACAAGCUUGUAACAGACUGCAACAGUGGCCACAGUUUCUAGAGUUUGGCCAAGACGAACUGACGUCUGGAUUGGUUCAAAGUAUCUUAUAUUCUUUGAAAGACACAUACCCAGAGUUGCUCGAGAAGUACAUUAAAAAGAUUACAAACGAAUGCUUUAAAGCCGAGGGAGAUCGACGGCUAUCCCAGAUUUUCGACGCGGAAUGUUCUUCCAGACUGUUGGAGGCUUGUUUAGCCGUAGCGGAUCCGAAAACGUUUAGUACAAUCUACGAACAAUAUUUCCGUAACAAUCUGAAGGAGUUGUCUUUGACGGAGAACGCAAACUUCAGCGUACAACGAUUACUAGACCGUUGCGCCAGAAAGGAAGACUUCGAGAAAAUAUUCGAGGAAGUAUCCGAGUGUCUUCCCGAAAUUCUCGGCAAGGGUUACAACGGCGUUGUAACCAGCAUGGCGAAUGCGUGCUUAAGGAUACAAGCGAAACAGGGCGCGUUCGUUGCCGCCCUCUUGAAAGCGCUCGGUUGCGAAACGAACGAGAAACAGCAGAAAAUUGUACUGUGCAUAGCAACUCUAAAGACAUGGAAGCAGCUGGAUGAUUAUUCCCAGGGACAAGAUAACUCGAGGCUUUCUAUCAAUUUACACGGCAGCUUGAUCGUGCAAGCUAUUCUUAUGUUCAAUAAGCCGAUCAAAAUCGUCAACUCGUUGCUGGAAAUGAACGGCGAGGAUCUGUUCAAUUUGUUCAGCGAUCCAAAAGGCAGUCGCAUCGUGGACGCUUUCAUCGACAGCAAAUACAUCGGCGAGAAAAGCAGGGAGAAGCUUGCAAGGAAGUUGAAAGGAUAUUGGCCGCAAUUGGCUUCCGGCACGCACGGUUCCAGGUGCUUGGAAAAGAUAUGGCAGUGGGCGAACGUGAAUCAGAGGACUGUAAUCAUGGAGGAAUUAAAAGCGAUCGGGGAAUCUUUGCGUUCCACGAAAUCCGGGCAAAUCGUCUCGAAUAAACUGAACCUCUCUCUGUACGCGAGGAAUAAGAACGACUGGACGGAGGCGUUGGGCAAGAAAGAAAAGACCAGAGCUCUUUUCGCGGACAUUCUGGCGGGAGCGGCAGGAACAAAUAAAUAAAAUUGCUUUUUGUAACAUGUUCCCGAUGGCACUGUAAAUAAAUUUCCAUUCCGCCCAGAGGCUUCGCACGCGAAAAACGAUGCUUCUUCAAGCAUUAUGACAUAGAAUAAUCAUGUAUUUCGUGAAUCUGUAAAUACAAUUUUUAGAAUCCAUCAUACA